CACUUUUCUGUUGCCCCGCUGCGCGCGCACACGGCUCCUUUUACAAACCUCUUGUCAAAAUGUUUUCGUGGCUCAGACGCAGCCUUUGCCUCGGCUGAACCCGCCAUGUAGGCUGCGCGCGCUGCACAGAGCUCAGGGGGGAUAUUUCACCGGAUCGUUGCGGUUCGGGAGCUGCAGAGUGCGCGGCUGGCUGGCUGGCUGGCUGGUCUGGUGUGCGGGAUCCGGUGACCGCCGGGGCGGACUGCCUGCACCAUGCUCCGGCCGUGGGCUGCGCACUGGAUCACAGCUGUGCUCCUGUGUCGGGCGGUGGCACAGUACUCCAGCGACCAGUGUAGCUGGCGAGGAAGCGGUUUGAGCCAUGAGUCGCACCGCAGAGAUGUGGAGCAGGUCUACCUUCGCUGCUCGCAGGGGUCUCUUGAGUGGCUCUACCCCAUUGGAGCCAUCAUUGUCAACCUGCGGCCAAACACUGAGUCUUCAUCAGCACACAUGGCAGGUCUCCAUGUGUGCAUCAAACCAUAUACUUACUCCCAGGGUUCUCAUGUGUAUCUGGAGCAUGCCGGGGACCUGAGACUGCUGCUGGCAGAGAGGGACCAGGCUCAUGGCACAGUGCACUGUUUCAGCCUGGCAGAGGGGGCUCUCUUUGUGGAAGCCAUCCCACAGACGGAUAUCAGCCGGAGGAUCACCACUUUCCAGUAUGAACUGGUGCCCAGUCAGGGGCCCGGGGCACACAUGUACCCAUUCCUGCACCCUGGUGCAGUCACCUGUAAACCUUGUUCAGACGAAGAACUCCUCAUGGCUGUGUGUACCAGUGACUUUGCUGGGAGUGGCAUCUUUCGAGGUGUGGCGUCAGGUACUAACGGCCACUCCUCCGCCGUGGUGACCCUGAGCCGGCUGUUUCAUCAGAAGAGCAGGGUGUUUGCUUGGGGUGGAGCCAGAGGGCGGAGCUGGAGUGGACAUGUCAAUAUUCCCUCGCAGUGCGGCGUCCAUCCUGGAGAGGACGAAUACCUUUUGACUGGCUCUGUCCAUUUUGGUGAAGCCUGGCUUGGCUGUGCACCUCGCUACAAGGACUUCCUGAAGCUGUACACCGGAGCGCAGAAAGUGGGAACAAACCCCUGUCAAAUAGACACAGACUGAGAGAUCAGGAUGGAGUGACAUUAUCUUGGACACUGUCAGAGAGAUAAGCAGGAUCCCCCCCCCCCGGCCGUCGCUAAAGGAUACUUCUUCAGACUGAAGUUGUGCACUGCUGCACAACUUACCUUUACCUUGCAGCAGAAAAGACGGUUGGACAUUUUAGCAGCCAAAGCGUUACCUAAUCUGAAAUGUCCCCAUAUGACUGUGUGUAAAUGUGUUCGUGCAUAAGUGAGACAGCAAACGAAUGAAUGGAUGAUAAGCUUAAAUUAAAUAUGUGCCUAACUGCUUCAAGUUUUUAUUCUCA